CAGCGGGCCAUGAAUAUGGCCUUCGCUGAGUUCGUUAACAAAACCCGACUGAACCAGCCCCUGAUCAAUUUCUGCGUGAUUGUGUACAUGGAUGAUAUUUUGGUCUUUUCAAAAAAACACAAGUACCACGUGGAACACAUUGAGUGGGUUUUUGCAUGCACUAAAGGAUGCGCGGUUCAAAGUGGCCUUGGAGAAAAGCGAGUUCUUCUUGUCGCAGAUCUCAUUCUUGGGGUACAUCGUCACGGUCGAUGGACUGAAACCGGAUCCGAGGAAGGUGGCAGCAGUUCAAGAAGCCCCGGCGCCGGUCACACUCACCCAGGUUCGGGCUUUUCUAGGGCUGGCAUCCUAUUACCGACGCUUCAUCAAGGGGUUCGUCGGUAUAGCGAAGCCCCUCACGAACCUGCUGAAGAAAGAGGAACAGCUGAUCUGGACGCCGGAAUGCGAAGCGGCGUUUCAGGCGUUGAAGGAGGCUCUGACAUCUGCUCCUGUGUUGGCGCGCCUCGACCCAACAAGACCGUUCGCACUGUACACAGACUGGCAGCCUCAGGCGAUAUCAGCGGUGCUGACUCGGCACGGGAAGGACGGAAGGGAGCACGUCAUUGAGUAUGCGUCCAAGACGCUGAGCCAGGCGCAGGCUAAUUACGAAGCGUGCAAAGGUGAAUGCCUGGCGGUGGUGUGGGGGAUCCAGCAUUUCCGACCGUAUCUUUACGGCCAGAAAUUCGUGCUGGUAACGGAUCAUCAGCCACUGCUGUCCCUACGCAACAACACGGACUACACGGGGACGCUGGGCAGGUGGGCGGUGCGUCUGCAAGACUAUGACUUCGACAUUCGCCACCGUGCCACGCGGCAGCAUGGGAGCAGGAUAAACCAUCGCCAGCCGGAGCAUGAGCCCCUCGAGCACUUCCAGACGCCGCUUGCAGAUCGCUUGUUGCGGCAUCGGUUCAAUGAGGAAAGGCAGUUGCGGUACGACAUUCAGCAGGUGAACGUGCCAGCGCCCGGGGUUGCUGAUUUGGCGGCGUACUCGUUGCUUUGCGAUCGACUGACGUAUGAGGGGGUGUACGUGGACGUGACGCAGUUGCCUGGCCGGGAGACGACCAGAGUAUUCAUUGAGUUUCGCGCGCUCCAGGUGGCACCCAACUUCGUGCACAGCGUCGCCACCUUCAUCGGAGACUUGACGAUCCUACCGCAGCCGAAUCGGGAGCCGGCGCGCAGCUUUGUGCGCGAAUACGCGGUGGAAGCGGCCAGAUCAGUGGCCAGAUUGCAAGGACGGGGGGGACACCGAUUCACAGCCCACGAAGUGCUGCUGCGUAGGGCAGAGGAUGGACCGAUUGCGUUGGUGCCGCAGCUCCCCGCGCUUCUCCCUCCCGUUGCUCCUCUCAACUUCCAAGCUAUUCCCCCUCCGCUGCCCUUCGCCGACGAAGACGCGUGGGAGUUGCACCGUGCGCUGUACAAGUCGGUGGCGCUGGGGAUGUUCCGGUUCUUCGUGGAUCACGAAGACCACUGCAUCGGGGAGCACUUCGUCGUUUACUACGUCAUCACACGGCCCAAGCCAGCGGAGAAGGAAGGGACGGUGGCGCUGUACCCCUUCGCCCAGCUCCAGACGAUCGAUUCGGGAUUGUUGGAGCUCAUACAUCUUGAGCUCCUCUCCAUUGCGCAAGUGAUCGCGAGCGAGGAGGAGGAGAUCCAACCACGAUUGCAGACGGCAACGGCCCUGCGGAGGACGUACAACGCGGUCGUCAUCCCGGAUUACAUUGCGCAGCGAGCGGAGAGGUUGGAGGACUUCCCCGAGGAAAGGCCGUUGCGGCCUCCCUCGUCGUAUUCUUGACCAGCGCCACCAAAGGCCCCUAAGAAGACGCCGAAGAGGAAGAGACACCACCCGUCGCCAGGAGCGCAAGGCAGCAGGAUCG